CCCAUGACUAUUUUCGGUCCGUGCAUUUAUUUGCAACACUUUCCUUUUCCAUAUGAUUUGAUUUCACAGUCCCUUCCUUUUGGAGGCGGCACGCAAUUGACGAUAAACGUAAUGAUCUCUUCCAGCUGUCGCUUUCCUCGCCACUAUAUAUACAUUCUCAGUCUCCAUUCCAUUCACCUAGAUAAACCAGAGCACAAGAGAAAGAAGAAGCAGAGAUGGAGGGAAUAGAGCACAGGACGGUCAAAGUCAACGGGAUCAACAUGCACGUAGCCGAGAAGGGUCAAGGCCCGGUGAUCCUCUUCAUCCACGGCUUCCCGGAGCUGUGGUACACCUGGAGGCACCAAAUCCAGGCCUUGGCCUCGCUCGGCUACCGAGCCGUGGCGCCGGACCUCCGCGGCUACGGCGACACGGACGCGCCCGCCGACCCGUCUAGCUACACGUACUUCCACGUGGUGGGUGAUCUGGUGGCGCUGUUGGACGCCGUAGCCGCGGAUCAGGAGAAGGUGUUCGUGGUCGGGCACGACUGGGGUGCGCUCAUCGCUUGGUAUUUUUGCCUGUUUCGGCCGGACCGGGUUAAGGCUCUGGUCAACAUGAGCGUGGCGUUCACUCCUAGAAAUCCUCAGAGGAAGACUCUUGAAACCUUGAGAGCUGUUUAUGGGGAUGACUAUUACAUGUGCAGAUUUCAGGAACCAGGAGAGAUUGAAGCUGAGUUUGCCCAGAUUGGUACUGCAAGAGUUAUGAAGGAAUUUCUAACAUAUCGCCAUCCUGGUCCACUUUUCCUGCCUAAAGGUAAAGGCUUUGGACAUCCCCCAGAUGCUCCAAUUCCCUUGCCAAGUUGGUUGUCUGAGGAUGAUGUUAACUACUAUGCCAGCUUCUUCGAGAAGACGGGAUUCACUGGUGGCAUAAAUUACUAUCGAAACUUGGAUCGAAACUGGGAACUGACGGCACCCUGGACUGGGGCUCAAAUAAAAGUUCCAGUUAAGUUCAUUGUGGGGGACCAAGACCUAGUUUAUAAUUCAGUAGGCGGCAAGGAUUUCAUACACAAAGGUGGUUUGAAGAAGUAUGUGCCGUUUCUAGAAGAGGUAGUCGUAAUGGAAGGAGUUGCCCAUUUUAUCAACGAAGAAAGGCCUAAAGAAAUUAGUGUACACAUCCAUGACUUCAUCAAGAAAUUCUAGUGAUGAUUGAGAUAUGCAUUUCAUUUCCCUGUGUUGUGUGUUGUCACUGUUGUGUGGUGUGUCUUGUACUCCGACUGGUGUUUCUAUUGUGCAUUUCUUGCCUGGUGCUUAAUUGCUAGCUGUUGCGGUCAAUUUCAUACCAUUCCUCGACUUGUUCUUACAGUUGUUUGUGUCUCGGUAAUAAUCGAAUAUAUAAUUUGGCAUUUCAUUUGUGUAA